GCUGAUGAUCUAGUUGUUACGACUAGUAUAGUGUUCCUGUGAAAAUGGCCACCUCGUAUAGAGCAAUUAAUGCUGAUUUGCCGGACUUCGAGACCAUUUCAUUAAAUUCUGUGGACAUUGACGAAUACAGGAAUCUUAUAAGAAAAAGGGCAGUCAGCAAAGAAGAGUCACCGGGCGGUACCGUAUGUGGACAGCUAGCUGGCAUCACAUUGGUCGUUAUUGGAGUCGCCUUAACUCUGACAUUUAUACUCAAACAUGGUGAGAAAGUGGCUGAGCAAGACAACGAUGGGUACUUCAUAUUUGUGUAUACCACCUCGAUAUGUUCAAUGAUUCUGCUAAAGUUUGUUUUCAUUCGCCCAAGGUCCGGCGACGAGUUUGUACAACGGAACGCCAGGUCGCACUAUUUAUUCGUUGGCGCAGUCUUGUUUGGGGCUUGUGCUAUGCUAUACUGUGGGUUGACAGUGGCGGCUGUCUAUGAUAAGAGUUAUAUCGGAGCUAACACUACAACUGCUGUUUCGUCAAUAUGCCGUAUAUUGUUCACUUUAGCACAGUUACUAUUUGUGUGUGAAUAUUCCAACGUAUGCAUCAACAAAUAUAAUUUAUUAGCAAGAUUAGGCGUGAUAUGCAUCUGGGCCGGUAAUAUUGGUACAUGGUGUCGGCUGUAUACAAAGGAAACUUCGGAAACAUGGAUCACAAAGGAUGAUACAGGUGAACUCAGGUGCAGUAACCCGGAUGUCAAUAAUACCCAAUGGCUAGAUCUGAAAGAUUCAACUGUUAACAACUCAACCGAGCUCACCUUCAUGAGUAUCCUGCACUCGGCUUCCGCGUUGUUGGUACCUGCAGCGAUGGAGUAUGAUAUCAUUAUGUCCGGGGUGAUGUUUUAUAUGUAUACAAACGUUGGUAACACGUGUGUCAUCGAGGACAUACGACCCAGGGUGCGCAAAAACAGAAGUCUGAAAAACAGUUACUUUGGGUUUGCAUUGGGUAUACUUGUGAUCGUGUCAUCAUUUGCGAUAUGCAUGGGGUAUAUCAGAGAAGUCAGCAAAGACCCUUUCGAAGCAGAAUCUAUGUACUAUGGUUAUGUAGGCACCAUGUAUUUAAUGACUGUGAUUGCCUCGCUUGCUGGAUUCUUGCGAAUACGUAACAGCGACUGGAUUUAUAAUGCAUCUGCGAGGAACGACAAACAACUUGAGACCGGACUGUUACUGCUAUCUUCCGUUGGUCAGUUAAUACACCCAAUUUUCGCCUGCGUUGCUGCUUAUUACUCGGUCGAUUCUUACCGACAUUUACACAAUGCAAUAGUUUUAUUGGUGAAGGAGAGUCUUCGAAUCGUGGGUGUGUUUGCACAAGUCACUUUUCUAGUGGAAACACUUCACAGAUCUCCACCACCUGGUCAAUCGAGAGCGAUUAUAGUUCGACAGUUUGUACUGUUUUUAAUCCUUUCGAAUUUCACGCUGUGGCUUUUGACUUUCUACGAGCUCCAGUACAUUUACGUCCACCCUGUACAGUAUUGCUUCUAUGGCAAAAUUGCAUGGUCGCUUAUAGUGCACCUAUCCUCCCCACUAGAAAUGUACUUCCGAUUUCAUUCUGUUAUACUGAUGUUGGAGAUUUGGGAAAGCUUUUAA